GAGGCUGGAGCUGCGCUGAGCAGCUGAUAGACCGACUUGAGUGACAGACUGACUGAGUGACUGAGUGAGUGCAGCAGUGAGGGGGAGGAUUGGCUGCAACGCACAUCUGCUCUCAGACACGGCGAGGAGUUGCUUACGCCGAGGGGUCAUUUGCUGGUGUGUUAGAGAGAGAGAGAGAGACACACACACACAGAGAGGGAGAGGACACACACACACAAAAAAAAACCCCCCAGGCAGUACAUUGAAUCGCCAUGGACAACUCCGGGAAGGAAAAAGAAGCCAUGCAGCUGAUGGCUGAAGCCGAAAAGAAGGUGAAAUCGUCGCAUUCGUUCCUGGGGGGCUUGUUCGGAGGAAACUCAAGAGUAGAAGAGGCCUGUGAGAUGUUUGCCAGAGCUGCAAACAUGUUCAAGAUGGCCAAAAACUGGAGCGCUGCAGGGAAUGCGUUUUGCCAAGCAGCCCGGCUCCAUCUCCAGCUACAGAGCAAGCAUGACGCAGCCACCAGUUUCGUGGAUGCCGGGAACGCAUUCAAGAAAGCGGAUCCCCAGGAGGCCAUAAGCUGUUUAAAUGCAGCCAUUGACAUUUACACUGAUAUGGGAAGAUUUACAAUUGCAGCAAAGCAUCACAUUACAAUUGCAGAAAUUUAUGAAUCAGAGCUGGUGGACAUUGAAAAGGCUGUUGCUCAUUUCGAACAAGCUGCAGAUUACUAUAAAGGAGAAGAAUCAAACAGUUCAGCUAACAAGUGUUUGCUGAAAGUGGCUGCAUACGCAGCACAACUAGAACAGUAUCAGAAGGCAAUCGAAAUUUAUGAACAGGUUGGGACCAACACCAUGGACAAUCCAUUGCUGAAAUAUAGUGCAAAGGAAUAUUUUUUCAAAGCAGCCCUCUGCCAUUUUAUUGUUGAUGAGCUGAAUGCUAAGCUUGCUUUGGAGAAAUAUGAAGAAAUGUUUCCAGCAUUUUCAGAUUCACGGGAAUGCAAGCUUUUAAAGAAAUUGCUUGAAGCUCAUGAGGAACAAAAUGGUGAAGCUUAUACAGAAGCAGUAAAAGAAUUUGAUUCCAUAUCUCGGCUGGACCAGUGGCUUACGACUAUGUUGCUGCGCAUCAAAAAAUCCAUCCACGGAGAGGGAGAUCUCAAGUGAACACUUUAUAGGCACAGAGUACCCUGCCUGCCAAAAUUGUCAAAUGCUAUUAUGUGUACUGGGCUGUGGAUACCUGUUUUCAAUGUUUAUGGCUCAAUUUGUUUCCGUAGUGUAAUCCACAAAGUUAAUGUAUCAUUCAACAACACUAUUCUAAUUCCCAGUUUGGGAACCAGUCCUGGCCGAUGAGCAUUGCUGCACUAUGGAGGGGAUGGAAAUAUCGCUUCAUAAUUUACUUGAAAACCGAAUUGAUGCUGGUUAAAACAAAAAUUCCUAAUACAAAUGUAAGCAGAUGGUGUCUAAAUGCUACAAUGACAGAUCCUGAAGAAACGCACGUUGCAAAAAAAUGUUGAAUAUAAUUUCCGCGUCUCAAUCUGUUCUGAACCGAUCAGGUGGCAGUGAGACCCCCUGUGGCCAGGCACACACCAAUUCAAAACUAAAUCUGGUGGCUGUGUAAUGGCAUAAAAUAUUUGUUACAAAGACCAAAUUUGUACCUUUUCCUCCCUCCUCUGACUGCUUGGCGAGUUUUGCUUUAAUACUGUUGAUUUUUUUUUACUAAUCUAUGCUGGGAAUUUUAUAGGUAGUGUCAAUACAAAACAAAUUGCUGAAUUAGUCAGUUUCUAGGAUACCAGAACAGCGGGAUUUUCCUUUCAUUGAUAAUUAAAAAUAUUUCUGUUUAGUCACACCACCUUAGAUUCUGAAAGGGAUGAUGUGUACAAGAUGGUUUACUGUAAAGUCAAAUGGCAGGGCAAGAGAAUUUCACAACUGGUCAGAAUUAUGCCAAUAACACAAUUAUUUAAACUCUAAAUGUUGUAUGUUACGAAGAUAACCGCUGGGCAAAGUAGGAUUUUUUUUAUUGGGAUUUUCUUCUUUAAAACCUUAUAUUCUAUAGCUUUUAUUCUGUGCAACUUAUUCUGCUUGGAAUGACCUUGGAUACAUUUGAAAAAGCCUGUUUUUUUCUGGUUCUGUGGUGUAGUUGCACCCACUUGUUAUUCAUGUUUCCAAUGCUGGAUAGUGGGGAACUUUUUACUGCUUACAAGAAGUCUAAAUUAACAUAUGACCAUUCUAUGCAAUGUAGUCCUGUAUAAGAGUGUCCCAAAGGUAAUAUUUUCAAAGAAGGAUUCCAACACAUUUUCCACGUUUUAUUAAUUGUAUAUGUUUUAAGCAGUUUAAAUCUGUAUCUAGGAUCUCAGCUGAACAGCUCUUACCAUUAUAGUUGUACAUAAGGCACAAAUGUAUCGUAGAUACCAUGUUGGCUUGAACAGUGUUUAGCUGUAAACGCUAAUUUAGUUGCUUGGAGCACUUUAUGGCAAAAUGUUUUGUGAGGUAAAACUUC